GCUGGUGCUCAAAGGAAGAGGGCGGGCUUUACUUGGUGUCAGUGACAGAAAUGAAAAAAAGCUGAAAUGAGUGAGAAGGACGAUGAAGGAAACAUCUGUGCUGUGUCUGCUCUUUCUGAUCUCACUGCUGAGCUGCACAACAAACCAAGCUCGUCUGACUGUGAGUCCCAGCAGCUCUCAGUUCUUUGAAGGAGACUUUGUGUCUCUGAGCUGUGAGGAGGACGACAGCUCUGCUGGAUGGACUCUGAGGAGAAACACAAGCAAACAACAGAGGACUCAGUGUGGAGAUGGGUGGGGAAAACCAGCUGGUUCUUCAUGCAACAUCAGCUACAUUUACACAUCUGACAGUGGAGUUUACUGGUGUGAAUCCAGAGAGAGUCCCAUCAGUAACAUGGUUAACCUGACAGUCACUGGUGGAUCAGUGAUCCUGCAGAGUCCUGUCCUCCCUGUGAUGGAGGGAGAUGACGUCACUCUGCUCUGUAAAACAAAGACCACUCCCUCCAACCUCCCAGCUGCUUUCUAUAAAGAUGGCUCCCUCAUCAGGAAGCAGCCUACAGGUCACAUGACCAUCCAGCAUGUUUCCAGGUCUGAUGAAGGCCUCUACAAGUGUGACAUCAGCGGUCAUGGAGAGUCUCCAUCCAGCUGGAUCACUGUCACAGGGGAACACACCACCACACCUCCACCUACAUCCACACCUCCACCUACAUCCACCUCUCCUCCUGGUUCCACCUCCAUCACUCUUCCUCCUGUUCUCUUUGUGUUGUCAUGUGUUGGAUCAGUCUGUGUUGUGGUUCUGAUGGUGAGACGAUGUGUUCACAGGAAACCUGAAGGUGAGACUCAGACUUCCUGA